AAUCAACACAACAUUGGCUAGAUCAACAACCAACUCAAUACACUCCAUCAUAAUUGUCAGUGAAAUAUACACGUAAACACAAACAAUAAUCGUUUUCAAUAGAACUUUAUCGAAAUUAAAUUAGUUUGAGCUCUUCGCCAUGUCGGCCAAAGCGAAAGCCACAACGGAAGCAGCCGCAGCAGCAAAAGCCGCUGCGACGGCGCAAAGUGCAGCUGAGGCAUGUGGCAGCAGCAUUGCGUAUGUGCAAUGCCAGAAUCUCAAGUACAAUGCCAUCAUAAUCGGUUGGCUGGGCGUUAUCAUAGCAAGCGUGAUUGUCUUUAGCUCCAUGAUGAUCAUUAAUAUGCAAACAGAUGUCGAACUGUUGAUUAAAAACUUGCUGCUCAACCAUGCCACAGACAAGGAGCAGCAGUUCCUGAUGAAUCUGUUGGCUGCAUUUAGUACGGUUGCCUAUGGGCUUUCAUUGAUUAACUUAGGCGUCAGCCUCUUGCUGCUCAUUGGUGUGGCACGGGAUUCGAGCAGCUUGCUUUAUCCUUGGCUAAUUUACCAUGGCGUUAUGUUCGGGUUUGGUCUUUAUUUGGGAGUGUUUUAUGCCAUGGCGGGUCUCUUUAUCGAUCUGUCUAGUUUCUUGAUGUGUUUGCUCGUCUUUGCACUUAUAUUAGUGAUCUAUUAUAAGAUAUAUCAUGAGGUGUUCACCCUAUUCCGGGUCAUGCAGCAGCAGCUGCAUUGCAGUCCGCUUUAUUCCCAGGAUGCAGAACAAGCUUGGGCAGCCAGUUUACCUUAUCCGCGGAUCUACAUGCCGCAUAUGCCGCUCAAGCGAUAGCAACAACAGUCGUCAGAUAUGUGAUACAUGUAACAUAACAGUACGUAUACGUAAUAAAAAGUUGGAUAGUCGUUUGCCUUUGA